GGGGUGCCGGUGCUGCUGUGGAGGAUGUGGACCUGGCCCGGCAGCAGGCUGCUUCGGACCCGAAAUCUGCAGACCAAAGGCUGUCGAUGAUUUCACAGGAGCCGUCGAACUUCACGCAAUCCUCCAGAAGUGGUCCCUCUCGACCAAGGAGUAAAUCUCAAGAUGCUCAGCCUGGCUCUUGGCUGACCAAAGGGUCGCCAAAAGGCAUUCUGGACGCAGUAUCCAAGCGAUUCGGCGGCAUGGGUGCGUACGGCUCGGCCAUGCAUCGCCGAAAGCAUUUGCCACAUCAUCGUAUUGGCCUGGUUCAGGCGUCGGCGCCGGGUGCCUAUGGAAACGGAUACGGCGGUGGGUAUGCUGGCUACGACGACGGCUACGGCGGUGCUUAUGGGCAAAGUGGCUAUGGCAACUACCAAGGUGGGUACUCCUAUGGCUCGGGCGGCUAUGGUGGCCAAUAUGGAUCCCCCGGUGCUUACGAGCAAG